AUGGGCAGAGGAGGACUCACAGGUGGCUUCCGCUUUGUGUUUGCCUUUAGUGAAGCCCUGGUAGUUGCCAGUGAUCCCCUGAGCUGGCUGAGGCAUCAAGAGAAGCGUAUGGCAGGCCGUUUUUCCUGCUCAUAUUUGGGACGGCGAGGAGAAACGUGGCAUCAAACUUCCCAGGGUCGCGGUCCCGCACUGGGCGACGGCCUUGGGUUUUGGGGUGACCGGGGGCUGCUGGCCUCCCCGCAGGCACGAGCCGGGGGUCUGCAGGCCAGACCGGCACUGCCUCCCCGACGGGUCUCGGCCGCCCCUCUCGCUCCCCGCGGCACCCCGUCCGCCUCCCGCGGCCUCCAUUUGGCGGAGGCACGGCCGGUUCCCAGGCCGGGAAGGGGACACCUGCCGGCGGGACGCGGCAAUGCGGCGGCCCCCGGGCCGGGAGGGUCUGCGCGGCAGCCCCCUUCGCCAAUUCCUGAUUCGAUCCACCGGGAGACACACGGCCUCCUCCCCGGACGCUCUAAGAAAAGUUCGAGACGGAAAUAUAUUCGCGGAGCCCAGAUGUCCCCUGCCUUGGCCCUUGGGGACAUCGUAAGCCAGCCAGGCCCGGUGCACCUGUUCGGGGAGCACGGCCCCCCGCGAUCAGCGGGUCCUGGAGAGCGAGGGCAGAUUCCAGUCCCCAGGACACGGGCUGCAGGAAGACUGUGCUUUGGCCGACGUAUCCCCGUGUCUGCCCCGGGUGCAGCCCCUGAAGCGGUGUCUGCCCCCGUGUGUGCGGGAGGGCGUGCGGGUGAGAGUCCGGGGGCCUGGGGGCCGCGGGGAAAGAAGCCAGCGAAGCAGUGCUGUGAGCGCGGAGCAGGGCAGCUUCCUGGAAGCCCGCACCCCGGGAGCGCUGGAGGGCUGGGAGGCAGGCCCAGUGUGGCCGGGGUGAUCCCCCUCAUCGCCGCAGUGGAAGAACUCGGGGGAGGCCGGAGAAGUCUUGGGGCUGCUGGUUCGGAGCCAGUCCCUUCAGAAUGGUGGAGAUUUGAGUCCUUGGAAGGCAAGGGGACGGACAGGGCAUUCCGAUUGGGGGAAACAGUGGCUUCAGGUGAGAUGCUGCUGGCUAGGUUGGUCACAGGGAACCACUGCUGGUUCCCUACAGUCCGGAAAGUGCAUGUUGAGUCUGGCAUUCCAGUGUGGGAUGGUUCCAGCAGUGGUUUUCACAGCGGCAGCAGCCUCACUUGGGAGUUUGUUAGAAAUGCAGAUUUGGGGGGUCCCUGCCCUAGACCCACUGAAUCACAGUCUGGGGGUACAGGCCCUAGCCAGCUGUCUUUAAGAAGCCCUCCAGGUGAUUCUGAUGUUCUCUCUAGUUUGAGAACCCCUGGAUUCGGGAAUGGAAAACAACAGAGCCGACAGCUGGGUGGCAUCCCAGGAGCAGGGCAGUGAAAGCUGGCACGUAUAAAUAAAGGGUAAGGUAUGGGAUGUGGGGAAGGGGAUCCAGUUCGUGAGGGAGAGAGGGAGAGCGAGCAUUAAAUAAACAUCAUUUUGGGCCUGUUGAGGUUAGUGACUGCAGGACCCCGCAUGGACAUUCCCAGCGGCACCUGGAAGUCUGCCCAAAACACAGGCAGCAGAGCAGGGACGGGGUCACCUGUGUGGGGCCCCUGAGAGAGAUGCUGGUCAGCUCCCUGAGGGAAUGAGAAUAGUGAGGUAGGACCAGACGAGAUGCGAGGGCAGGAAGUCCAAAUGCUGACAAGGCAGAGCUGGUAAGAGGCAUGAAGAAAAUCCAAUCCGUGGGGUGCCACUGAGGCAGAGAAAGGAGAGAGACUCAAGAAAGAAUCAGUGGGUGGGAGGAGCAGGCCUCAGACACCAGCUGGCCUUGGGCAGUGUUUUCUAACCCAUUAGAGGCUGUGAAGCAAUGCGGUUGUGAAACCAGCAUUUAAAAUAAUAAUAGAAAAUGUCAGCGUGGAUCUCACACAGCAAAGAUACAGUUUCAUGCAACUUAGGUUUCAGAUAUAUUUUUGGAGGGAGGGGCUCCAACAACAUUUCUGUGGCAUUCUGGCCAAAAAUGUAUAAUCUAGUUGCAAUUGUGAAAAAACAUCAAACCAAAAUGGAGGGAAACCCACAGGGAGAGGAACUCUGACCCCAGGAAGUCUGAGAUGUGGGUGGGCACAGUGCAUGUUGAAGCUGUCACAGCACCCUGCCGCAGCCACGCGGGGGGAAGUUACAUGCCUAGAGGAGGGCAGCAUCUGCUAGUCGAGGAUUGCAUUAUUUCUUUGAUCUCUUUGGGUGGCAGGGGGACCUGAUUUCAGGUUCCUAUAUCAUAAUCUAAGUUUCAUAAUGAAAGUUAUGAUCGAAGACCUAGUCCCUAGUAAAAGUUUCUCUGAAUCCUAAAAGCCCUAUGCAGAUAAACUAUCCCUUUCCCAAGUCCUUUAAGCAACCCGGAGGAAAGAAAGGUAGUGGGAAUUCAGUAGCUUCCAACCUACCUCGCCAAUUGUUUUGAGUCAGAGGAGUGGUUCUCAACUGAGGAAGAGUGUGCUCCCAGGGGACAUUGGGCACCACCUGGAGAUAUUUUCAGUGGUCCCAACUGUGUGUGUGUGUGUGUGUGUGUGUGCAUGCACCCACUACUGGCCUCUAGUAGGUGGAGGCCCGGGCUGCUGCUAAACAUUCCGGAGUGUACUAGACAGCCCAUCCACCCCACAGCAGAUAAUUAUCCAGCCUCAAAUGUCAGUAGUGCCGAGGUUAAGAAACCCUGAAUUAGGAGAGUAGAAAAUCUGAGGGCUAUUUAUGGUCAGGAAAGUUGCCUGGCUGCUUUUCACAAAAGAAGGGUAUUAAACUUCAUUUCUUGGCUUGAUUUCAAGUGGAUAAUUAUAAUCUGCCUACCUAAAAUUUACACUUUAAUUUUCAGUGGGUAUCUUUCUUCAAUUCAUGCUUAAACAGGCUUUGUGUGGCUGUAUUCUUGACACUGGGGCGAUAUUCUAUGCCUGAGUGGGUUACAGGUCACCAGUGGGUGAAGCAGUUGGUCUGUGAAGUGAUUUGAAUCCUUUAGGGGAUAAAAAGCACUAAAACAAGAAAACCCUGGGCAUUACCAUCAUUAUUAAUUAUUAGGAAUAUGACUGCCCUUAUUCAGCCACUCUCAGGAUUCCCAGGAGAUUCCCGUUAGUACUAAGGUCAAAAGAUUCCUGACCUUCAGUCUAACCAGACGCAGCCCAGAAUGAGUAUGUCAGCUGUUAAAAGCAAGGAGCUCUCGCUCUGCCCCACCAGCUGUCUGCUUCCCCACUUGGGGAGAGGCUCUGCAUUGGCAACAUCGAGCUUCAAAGCAAAUCUUCAAUCUAUUUGUACUCGCUGUUCCCAUAUUUAGAACACACAUACUUGUCUCUUGCUUCCAGGCAAGAGCAAAUUCUGACGGUAUUAAAUGGAGCCUGACUUCAGGCAAAUAGGAGAGCCCAGAAUAAGUUAAGGGCAAGGCCCUGCUUCUCUCUAUUUUUACAUUUAAAAGAUGAUGAUAAUUCAGGGUGGCGAAAUUUAAAAUCAGAAGUCAGGCUGCCAACUGAUGGACAAACCAAAUGAUUACCUCUUUAGAAGCCACACAGAUUAAUUUGUGAAACCUGAUCUGGCUUUAAAAAAAAAAAUAGUAUUUUAAUGUCAAACAAACCUGGGAACUACAGGCAGGUAUAAAGGGUACAGAUCUGGUUUUCUUUUACUUUGUAAGUUUUGGGUUUUUUUUUUAAUGUUUUGUCUAUUUUCUCCCAGAUUUCUGUCUUUAGAAGGAUACUAUCAAUCUCAUCCUUAAUAACCUGGAAUUUUGGUGAAGUGUGACUUUGGGGAUUUUGAAUCGUGAUAUAUAUUGCUUCUCUGCUUAGCAUGUCUUUAUUUAAGUGGGUUUGAAUGGGGACCCUCCUGGCAUGAUUCUUCAUUAAAAAAUCUGUAUUAUUUCUGAGGCAUCUGUAUUAUUUCUUAAGCAUGAGCCGAAGAAAGAUACCCACUGAAAAUUAAAGUGUAAAUUUUAGGUAGGCAGGUUAAAAUUGCUGCCUCUCACAUAAGGACAAGAUGCCGUGACUUUCAUUUGAUUUUUUUCUAGCUGACUCAUCCGCAUCUUCUCACCUAGUUCCUUAAAAACAUGCAUUUUGAAGGUGCUGGCCGAGGUGAGAGGCAGAAAUUUUAGCCAUGGGGCAAAGUCUGUGUUUGCAACGUGAAGGGCUGUGUCCUGGACAGAGCUUGAGAACUGGCUCCUGGUGGGAAUCACAACCAUAAUCAGAGUUAACAUUUAUUGGCUAUCUAGUACACGCCAGUCUGAGCCCCAAGUUUUCCUGUGGAGUGACUCAUCGAAGCCCUGCCAACUCCUUGAGGUCGCUGCGACGUGCCUUCUCUAUUUUAGAGCUGAGGAAACAGGCUCAGAGAGGUCAGGUACUUUUCCCAAGGUCAUGGAGCAGAGAGUCCCUGCUGGAAUUUGAAACAAGCCAUCUCUCUCUAGAGCCCUUGCUCUUGUCUUUUUCCCCACAAACAUGAUUUUAAAAACAUGAAUAAUAUCAGCACGUGACAAUUACACAGUUGGUUUUUCUUUAAUGGCGCAAGUGAUUUUCACAUUCAUUACCUCUUUUGCUCAGGAGACAUGAUGGUAACUAGAAUCCCGGAGGUGUCUUUUCAUAAAGAUUAGCUUGGGAAACAGUCUUUAUUUAAGACCCAUGCAUAUAUACUCUCUUUUCCAAUGAAUGCCACGUUAGCAGAGAGGCCUCCUGGAGCAAAUUUGGUGCCCCAAGAGAUCACUCCAGUUUAUUUGCCUUCUCCCAGAGAUGAAUUUAGGUGGUGGAGUGUUCUAGGUUUUUUACUAAUGCUUUUCUUUUUCAACACUUUUCCUGAGCAUGAUGAAAUUGAUACCCUUUGAAGUUAAUUACACCUCUGGCAUCGCAUCGCAUGAAACAUCUUACUCAUGGCUGUGUUUGGGGAAGCUCAGUGCAUGGCAGGAGCAACAUAUUUAUCUUGGAACUGAGACUUGAGAAGCGAGUUCCUCCCUUGAACGUGGCCUGAGACAGAACACCUCCCCAUCUGGGAUUGCAACCUCAGCAAAUCAGAGCAAUGGGCAGAAGGGGCGAGGUGAGGAUGAGGAUGGUCUGAUGAAGGAGGAGCGCUGUGAGCAUCAUGGAACCAAGGCUAACAGACAAGAGAGAUGGCACCACAGCCCACGUGGCCACUUUUUAACUUUAUUUCCUGGGACAUCACGAGGGGUAGCAUUGGUGGGUAAUUCCCAGGGAUCCUGCUGAUACACAGGACACAACUUUCAGAGCAAAGAUUGCCUGAAACUCUAAAAACGUGUAGGUGAUGCUUGGCCACUCCUUAAGAACAAAUUCUUUUCCUGGUAAAAUAUACUACAUUGCUGUAAAUCACCACCCUCCAUCUCCAGAACUUUUUCAUCCUCCCAAAUUGAAAUUGUGUACCCAUUAAACACUAAGUCGCCACCUGCCUUUCUACCUGGCCUCUGACAACCACAUUCCACUUUCUGUUUCUGAUUUGCCCUUCUGUCAUGGCUUUACUUAGCAUAAUGUCCCCAAGGUUCAGCCAUGCUGUAGCAUGA